AUGCCUCUACCGGCGGACUUUAAGCUCGGCUUUGCGACUGCAUCCUACCAAAUCGAAGGCGCCGUAGCCGAGGACGGUCGUGGUCCCUCCAUCUGGGAUACGUUCUGCCACCUUGAACCCACCCGCACCAAAGGUGCCAACGGUGAUGUCGCUUGCGACCAUUACCAUCGGGUUGAGGAUGACCUCGACUUAGUCAAGAAGUAUGGAGGUGACAUGUAUCGGUUUUCAAUAUCGUGGUCCCGUGUGAUUCCUCUUGGUGGAAGAGAUGACCUUGUUAACGAGGCCGGAAUCGCCUUUUACAAUCGCAUCAUCGACGGGUGUCUUUCUAGGGGGCUUACGCCGUGGGUCACUCUUUACCACUGGGACCUUCCGCAAGCCCUUCAUGACCGCUACGGCGGAUGGCUGGAUGUGGAAGAAUCUCAAAAGGACUUUGAGCGAUAUGCGAGGCUAUGCUAUGAAAGGUUCGGCGAUCGCGUCAAGCACUGGAUCACCCUUAACGAGCCGUGGAUCGUUGCGAUAUUUGGCUACGCGACCGGGGGAAACGCACCCGGCCGGAGCAGCAUCAACCCUCAAUCCACAGAAGGCGACACGGCUACCGAACCGUGGAUCGUAGGUAAGGCCUUGAUCAUGAGCCAUGCCCGCGCGGUAGCAGCGUACGACAAGGAUUUCCGCGCGUCGCAAAAAGGCCAAGUCGGAAUUUCGCUCAACGGCGAUUACUACGAACCUUGGGACAGCAGUGACCCCAAGGACAUCGAGGCGGCUGAACGGGGCAUGCUGUUCCACAUCGGGUGGUUUGCAAACCCAAUCUUCUUGGGACAGGAUUAUCCCCAAUGCAUGCGCGACCAGCUCCGGGACCGCCUGCCAACCUUCUCAGCGCAAGAGAUGGCGCUCCUGCGGUCCACCGCAUGUGACUUUUACGGCAUGAAUUACUACACGGGCCAGUUCGCCCGUCACCGAACACUACCAGCUCUCGACACGGACUACCUAGGCAACCUCCACGAACUCCAGUACAACAAUGCAGGCGAGCCGGUUGGGAUCGAAAGCGGUGUCCACUGGCUACGAUCAUGUCCCCAUCUUUUCAGAAAGCACCUGGCGCGGGUGUACAAGCUCUACGGAAAACCGAUCGUUGUUACGGAAAACGGGUGCCCGUGUCCGGGAGAGGACAAGAUGACUCGGGAAGAGUCGGUGAACGAUGACUACAGGAUUAAGUACUUUGAGGACCACCUUGGUGCUAUUUCCAAAGCUAUUACGGAGGAUGGAGCGGUCGUGGACGGGUAUUUUGCGUGGUCGCUUAUGGAUAACCUCGAGUGGUCGGAUGGAUAUGGAAACAUACCGGAUCAGCGGACCAAAACGAUCCUGGACCACAUCAUGCGGGAGCGGGAUGGCCAGCCGUCCAACUGCAGCCCAGAAACGGAGGCCAUGGUGAAGGAUUUUAGGGAAAUCUCACAGAGGAAGGCUCGCAAAAAACAGGAUGUCGCCGGGGCACCACGGUCGGAAUAUGCGGUUGACGGAAUGUCCGACGAGGAUAUGGACCGAGUUGCGAUAUAUAUGGAAGGAGACAAGUCAAGCACGGGAGAUGAUGGGCCGGAGGGGGAACACGACUCUCGGGAGAACCGGACUGAAUUUCAGAAAUACAAGCAUCACCACUACAUACGGCGUUGGGGCCUUCUUGAAGACUCAGACGGCCUGGAUGAGGAAUGGUUCAUUCCAUCUCCGCCUGUCUUGCCCGAAGACGACCCAGAAUACCUCUGCGAUAUGUGCCGACACAUCGACUUUACGGCCCUCUUCACGUUGCGUGGCCUCCCAGGCAACGACCAACCAGGGUCGACUAGCAUUAUACUUUUCGGAUUGGCCAAGGUAAUGGCCGACAGUCUCUGUUCUUUUUGCACAAUGCUGCGCAGGAAAAUUUCAGAGGACAAGUUUCUAAAUAGUGCCUCACCAGAGGACCUGGAGGCCUUCGAGCUCAAGAUUAACGUCUUAGAUGACGGACCGGACUAUCCUCUAAGACUAGAGGUCGAGAUACCUGAAGUCAACAAUCAGACCUGUCGAAUUAUCUUGCAAAAGAUGGAAGAGGGCGAAGCAACACGACAGCCUCUCCGGGGACUUUUCGUUAGUCAGAACGUUGUGGAUAUUUCGCGCUUAAAGUCCUGGCUGCAGCUAUGUGACGAGCAACACGGCCCACAGCAGGAGAGCGAGCACAAGAAGCUGGAUCACUUUGCACCAACUUUGAGAGUCAUCGAUACGGUUAAAGGCUGCGUGACUGAGGUUACUACACCUUUUGAAUACGCUUGUCUGUCGUAUGUAUGGGGACGUGGGAGCCAGACGCAAUACACUACCGCCACGAAGGAGAAAUUGGAAGUUCCCGGGGCCCUAACUGACGACGACUCCCUCGAUCUGCCUCAGACUAUCAAAGAUGCGUUUAGGGUUACUCAGGAACUGGGCCUCCGGUAUAUCUGGAUCGAUGCCCUUUGUAUUCUCCAGGACGACGACAUGGACAAAGCGAAGAUCAUCUCCAGGAUGGGUACGAUCUAUGGAAGUGCGACCUUGAAUAUCGCCGCCUGCACCAACUCAGACCCUACAGACGGCCUCCCCGGAAUAGGACCACCUCGCUCCCGGGCACAGAUCACGGAGAAGCUGCAGGGAAUGACACUCGGGGUAGCGUUUCACGAUUCCCGAAAGCGACACUUUGAGAUCGAGCAAUCGGUGUGGAAUUCUCGGGCGUGGACGUUCCAAGAAAGACUUCUUCCUCGCCGGACAGUGUACUUUACCGAUUCCCAGAUGUGCUUCCAGUGUCCUCACGGAACCUUUUUUGAGGACACCGUUCCCGUACUAGAUCCCAAAUACAAACCUACGCCCCUAAACGAGCAGACUAGAUAUGACGCCCGUGCAUAUGACAUCUGGCGCCGCGUCUUGGCAGAUCCCACGCAGUCCAAGUUCCCCAACAAAGCAUUUGAGACGGAAAGCGCGAGAGUGAUAAUGAUUGGGCAGGAUCUAGAAGUGGAGGAAGAGAUCCCGGCUCCCGUCUAUCACUACAGACCCAUUCCAGGCGACCAGUUCGUUAAUGGGCGUUUCCUGGAGGGACACACUCCAUGGGACAUGUAUAAGCAGGCUGUCAACGCUUACACUCAGCGCAGAAUGACUUGGCAGACUGACGCGCUCAAUGCCUUUAUUGGCAUCACUGAUUUGAUCAUCCAGGGAACCAAUACCAAGUUCUGGUAUGGCAUGCCGGAAUUUGCCUUUGCCCAGUCUCUACUCUGGCAGCCCCUGGAGCCGCUUAAGAUACGGAUACAUGAUGGAAAGCCCCUGUUUCCUAGCUGGACUUGGGUCGCCUGGGAAGGCCAUGUCUCGUAUCGCGGCCGUGGUUGGCACAAUGCCAUAAGUUAUCCGCCUGCCUCUGUGGUGCAGUGGUACCAAAAAACUAGCCCGGAAUGUCUCAUUGAGGAUUUCAAAGCCUCUGGAAACAGAACACCACAGGAGAUUGAGCACUUUACCGCUCGCGCUCACUCUGCUGCUUUUCACCUACUGUCACAAAAUAGCGCAGAUAUUCUGCAUACGGAUUAUGAGGGCCGCGGCUGGACCGUCUAUUUCGAUGAGGCGAGGAAUCAGCACCUGUUUUCUCACGAAGCUUACCCAGGCAUCCCCUUCACAUAUCCAAUUUAUCUUCCGGACCAGGAAGUUGCAGAUAUUCCGGCUGAUGAUGGAUCCCUGUAUUUCGAGGCCAACGUGGUACCAGCGCGGUUCUGCGAUAUGGCGACCACGGAGUUCGUCCAGGCGCCUAUCCAAGAUACUUUCUUCCAGAUUGGUGUUAACGACGAGUCUCGGUCGGCCAACUACAGGCCGCCCUGGAAACGCAUCCUUUACCAUCAAGGCUACCGUGCGGGGUUCCUCAGCCUCAACGUCUCUGGUGUUUGGCUCGACCUCGACGGCCAGGAAGAAUACAGUCUCGUAGCCAUGUCACGCGACGGCCUAUCACAUAUAGCUCCGCCACCAAUAAAUGCUCCAAGUCCCGCCUCGUUUACCCUCUCAAUCCACGCCAUCAUGUCCGACAAUCACCUUGAAAAACUUUUCCCCGAGGAGUUCAAUAACUCCCCACUUGACAUUUGCUAUGCACAGUGGCUAAUGCAUUGCCAGAAGAUAGUCCUGGAUGAAUCGUCUAGACCAAGGAAGGAUGGCCCUGGAGGCGACAAGGAAUACCUUUACCCUGAUUUUUCCGUUCCAGAAAUCGUGUCCGCCGCUCUCGAUGGCUGCUCAUUUUGCACAUAUUUAAUGGACGAGGAAUGGAUCCACCGCAGGUCAAUCGUCGAGCAGGCCUCCUCAUGGCACGACGACAUCGGUCGUAUCGGUAAUAUCGCGGGUUCCUCGAGAAUCAUCGAUCUCUUUGCAAAAGGCUGGAUUUGUGGGAAUGAAUCAACGAUGCCACCAUCUCCAGCCAAUACGCUUCGUCGCAUUAUAGCCGAAGAUGAACCUCAGUGGCUGGAAACACUUCGUCUAGCUGUCUUCUUGCGUGACUGCGAGAUCACGUUUUUUGGCUUAUGGGAUACUAAUACCGGCCAUAUCGCGUACCGCACACGAGGUGGUUUCAGCGUCUUUGCGGAGCCAGGUAAUGCGGCUACGCGGGCAAUUUCCACCAAGCCUAUAGAGAAGGAGGCAUCUUCAGAUGCAAAAUUCACCAUGGUCAAGUCCUGGCUUAACGAAUGUCUUCACUCCAACGUGCGUGGGAAGAAGAUUCACGAGGCCUGCCCGCUUCCAGACUCCGACUACAUGCCGACAAGACUAGUGGAAAUUGUGCCUUCAGAUGACGGUGGAUGCCAGUUGAAAUUACGCGACACGCAGGGCCACAACAUACAACGUUAUGCCGCGCUGAGCUACUGUUGGGGUGGUGACCAACUGAUCAAAUCAACCCGACAAUCCAUCGAGCAAUGGAGAGUUGAAAUUUCUUGGGAAGAAUUGCCACAGACGCUGAAAGAUGCUGCAUUAGUCUGUAUCAAGAUGAGCAUCAAUUUCCUUUGGGUAGACGCUCUAUGUAUUCUUCAGGACGACCAGGACGACAAAGCUCGUGAGAUCGCCGACAUGCCAAAUGUCUACAGGAACUCGAUCUUCACCAUAGCAGCUUCACGUGCCAAAUCUGUACAUGAGGGCUUCCUCGCGGACAGAACAGCCACCAAUUUCCCGGACUUAGUCUUCACCUUGGCUUAUCAGUGCCGCGGUAUAGCACGUCGUGGUUCAAUCACCUUAAUUAAGACACAGACCGAACCCGAACCUCUCGAUAGGCGUGGCUGGACUCUUCAAGAGAGACUUUUAUCACCGAGAACUCUUGAGUUCAGUACGCGACAGCUUCGCUUCAUCUGCCAACAUAACCCUCGCGGUAAAACAGAUGGAUGGAGACUGAAGCCAGAAAGCAACAAGUCCAGGCAGGAUGUCCUCGGUGACAUAACCUUAUUGCAAGAUGGGUUUGGUGCUUUGGAGGACAUGAAACACAAUACUACAGAGCCCGAGUUUCUCAAGGCAAUGAACAACUGGUAUCAACUCGUUGAGGUUUACUCUCACCGACAGCUUACUUUUGGCAUUGAUAGAUUGCCUGCUAUCUCAGGUUUAGCCGAACGAUACGGUCGAGUGUUUGGCGAUCAGUAUUGUGCAGGGAUAUGGCGAUCGACUUUUGCCAGAGCCCUGUACUGGAAAGCCUUACCUCCACUUCGGCCACGACCGAGAAUAUGGCAAGGCCCUUCAUGGUCUUGGACUUCAAUUGGUGGACCUGUGGUAGUACCUGAAGAAAAACUUGAUGAUAUGGCAUCGUACUCUGAGAUGCAGAAGGACUCCGAUCUAAAGAUAAGAGAUCUCGAAAAGCUCGAUGACUUCAGCGACAUGGAGCCUCAGGUUGUCGAUUACGAGCUCCAGCUCUCAAACGCGACUUUUCCCUACGGCUCUCUAGUCGAAGGAUCGGGACGUUUGACACUGCGCGCAAAACGUCUCAACGCCGUGUUAAACUUCAACCAGCAUACCAUGUUCGGCAAGAAGGUUGUGACAGCGUCAAGUUUCGCCAAGAAUGGUAGCUCCCUCCCAUUCUGCAUUUUAGUUUGGCUCGAUACACUUGACGAGAACGAGGAAGACCGUGACGAACCUGUUGUUCUUUUAGAGCUAUCAAGCAAAUUUACCGACUUUUUGUGGGCCUCACGUGGGCUGGUUGCGAGGAACGUCGGAGGUGAUACAUAUAUACGUGUCGGAUGCUACAAGAGGACGGAGCAGCGAAACGAAGGCGAGGAUCUCGAGAAUUGGGAGCAGAGAGCACACCAUUACCUUUGCUGGUUUAAUGGCGCCCCUACUACUAUAGUCGAUAUAGUCUAA